AUGAAUAUACUGAAGAAAAUUAAAAUAUUUAAAAAAAGUGGUGAGAGUACUGGGGGUGUUAGACGUGGACAAAGUGGAGAAAAUAAGACCGAUGCGCAACAAACAUUUACUAUGGAACAAGCAAGUAAAGCUCUGAAGGCUUAUAAGGAUCGCAAAAAAGCACGACAAAAAGCUCGUGAAGAAGAAGCAUGUUACGUGGAAUAUAGGAAAGCUGAAAUUUUAGCAAAAUUUAAACCAAAAGUUUUUCCAAAACGUCGCAAAGGUUCAAUGGGUUUUGGUGAACGAAAAGCGUACUACCUAUCCAUUCGACCGAGACCUUGUUAUGCAAUUUGGCUAGGUAGGCGUCGAAAUGUCAUCGAGGCAAAGCCUUCACCGAUGGCAAUAGCAGCGUCAGUUGAUAUGACAGAUCAUUCAGCUAUCCCAGAUUUCAUCAGACAACCUACCAAGGAAUCCGAUAGGCAGGAUAUUGAAAGUGCCUUGGCCAAUAAAUCACUUACUUCAAAUGAUUCAAAACAGACAUCUCAAACAUCUACUAUAGAAAAAACGAUAUCGCAGAAAAGAUCAAUAAUGACUGGCUCUGAAUUUGAAGGUGACAAUAGUCAAGUUAAAGUGGUCAUCUAUGGAGCAAAUGCCGAUAAUCCUUUAAUAAACGGUGUACCAUUCUGGACUAUUGAGACUCCUCAGGAAGAAGAAACAGUAACAGAUGAUGAUUUGCCAGUUGAUAUGGACAUUUUGGAAAAAGUUUGCACCGGAAAAAAAACACUUGAUUCACGACCUUUUGAAAAAAUUGAAUUUAAUCCGUUUGGUCCAGUAUCUAAAAUGAAAGCGGACGAUCCGUUAUUUGAUCGCGAUACGAUUUUGUUUUCAAAUACUGUUGAAACUGUAAUCCGACUGCAGCCUGAAGAUAAUGAAAAGAUACCUGAACCUAUUGAUCCACAGCAACGCCAUAUUCGGUGGGCCGAUAAAAUCAGCGUGACAACCUUUGAUCCCAGAAAUCGAAGACCCAAAGAGAUACGGACACCAAUCAUUGAACCAUUACGAAACAUUGCACGAGACAGACCAUCGAUAGCUUGCUAG